AUGGGGGGAACCAAGAGCAAGCCCAAAACCGCAGGCCUUCGGACACGGAGUCUUGAUGGUAACAUCAGUUUAGGAGAAGGGGGUGGCGGCUACAACAUCAGCCCCGCCCAGCACACACUCAUGCCCAAUCUGAGUCCAGCAGUGGGCGGGACACGCCGGUCCACUCAGCCGUUGAUCAAUACCCCAGAGCUGGCCCUGUUUGGGGGCGCGGAGUCCACCAAUAGCGUCACAUCUCCUAACAGAGGGACACUUGCAGGUAAGACUGUAGGGCCCAGAUACCCCACUAAUACCUAGAAUGGAAUAUAAAUAAAUGAUUAAAUCAUUCUAUUUCACUAAAGGAAUGAUUAUCUAAAACAGCCAGAGGUGCAUUGAAUGUAAUUUAUUUGAUGCUACUGACAACUGUAGUACAUGCGAAUCUUAUUCAGUACAAUGUAUGUUUGAUACCCUUUUAUGGAAAAGCUACUUAGUUUACUCUGCAUAUAUGAAUAGUACUGUGUCUUUUUAAACAUGGUAUUGCAAUAGUACUUCAUAUUUAAUGCCCCACUCAUCUGAGAUAAUUGUGUCUAUCUGCUCUCACCCCUGCAGGAGGUGUGACGACGUUCGUGGCACUGUAUGACUACGAGUCUCGCACGGCCUCCGAUCUGUCUUUCAGGAAGGGUGAACGGCUACAGAUAUUGAACAACACGUGAGGCAACACCACACACACACACUGGGAUGAGUUUUUCAAGUUUCACAUUUUAUUAGUCGUAUAUACGGGAUCCGCAUGUUAUACAUCGUCCAACGAAAUACUUACUUGCAGGAUCCUUCGAAACAAUGCAACAACAAGAAUAAAUAAUAAAAUAUAAGAAUAUGAACAAAGUAAAUGGCUCAGCAGAAUAGAAUAAACAUUUUAGCAUAAGAUGAAGAUGGAGACAUACACUCAGGGAUAGACACAGACAUACCCCCCGCACACACACACACACACACACACACACACACACACACACACACACACUGUACUCUGCAUGUCUGGUCUCUUGCUGCACUGGCUGGCUUUUUUGCCCCCAAACCCUGUGUCAGUCACCCUCCCUCUGUAAAGUAUGUAACCAUAGAAACAGGCUCCCUUCACAAGGAUCUGUUUUGUGUGAGCUGACAGGUUUUUGUUGUAGAAUUCCUAUUUUCUCCUGGUCAUUCACAAACAGUACAGCUGUACAUCUCACUGGUGCGUCCACAUGGAAGCUGAUAUGUUUCUACCCCCUUCCUGUUGUGACUAGCCCUUUCCUGUUGUGACUAGCCCAUCCUGUUGCGACUAGCCCAUCCCGUUGUGACUAGCCCCUUCCUGUUGCGACAAGCCCCUUCCUGUUGCGACAAGCCCCUUCCUGUUGCGACAAGCCCCUUCCUGUUGCGACUAGCCCCUUCCUGUUGCGACUAGCCCCUUCCUGUUGCGACUAGCCCCUUCCUGUUGCGACUAGCCCCCUUCCUGCUGUCUCUACCUUAGUUGAAUGCACAGAUUGCAAGUCUUGCUAGAUAAUUGUCUGUUAAAUAACUCUCAUUUAAAUGUACAUGUUAAAAUGAUAGAAAUGACUGUUCAUUCAUUCUAAUGAUGUCAGUCUGUGCUGCUUUUACACGUUUUAGGCUUUCUCUAAUCAAUAAAAGUGCAGUGGGCCAUAUUAUUCUAGUGAGCCGAGCCCCCAAUACUGCAGCUAUAACAGUGUUGACCUAGAAGGCCUGAGCUGAGGACAAUAGAACUAUAGUGGAUUAUUGUGAUUAGUGCAUCUGCCCCCUGACGCUGCUACAGCUAUUCCCUUAGGGUUACCAGGUCAAAUACAUAAACUCAGUGAACUCACCGAGAUAUGAUAACCAUAAGAUAAUGUUUCACUGUUUCCUAUUUUAUGAGCCAACCCAUUCUUAGCUUUAUUUCUGCACCAUGCACUUGUUAUUAUAUUAUGAAGCUUUCUUGAUACUAAUAUUAGGUCUGCACCAAUUAUAUUAUCUGUCCUCUGUUUUAGGUAUGGCUGCUUAAUGUCUCUUCUUUCUAUAAAAUCAAUCAAUAACCCUGUUUUCAUGGACAUACAGUAUAAGCUUUAGACAAACUUCUGGUUUAAUGGUUGUACUGUAUGUCUUUGAAAAGUGAGCUAGGUUCCACUGUAGUGUUGGGAUGAGGGGGUGGUGGAUAACUGUUGUUGUAAUGAUUCUGUUCUGUAUACUGUAUCUCUAGCUACAAAUCUGCUUUGCUAACACGCUUUCUGUCUCUUUUUUUUAACCCCAUCCACCCCCUUCGCAUCUCCUCUCUAUCUCCAUCUCCCCAAACUAUUUCUCCAUACCUUCAUAAUUGUAUUUAGGAGAAAGUUGAACAGCAGGUCAGUGAAGCUUCUCUUGUCUUUGUGUCCUUCAUGUGAAUGAAUACGCUGUGUGUAUUUGUGUCCCAGUGUGUUCAUGUCACUAACGCAUCAUAGUUACUGGUUCACAUGAUAACUUCCCUGCAUUUGGUUAACGGUGUCAUAGUACACGUUUGUGUUUGAAUCCCCUGUGCAUCCAUACCAUUAGUAUUCCUAGUAGUUGUAGGGUUGAUUUCCUGGACACAGAUUAAGCCUAAUCCUAGAGAAUUUAUUGGAGUUAACGUAGAAUCUUCAUUGAUACAUCUUCUUAGUCCAGGACCAGUUUUAAUCUGUGUCCAGGAAACCGCCCUGUAGUCUACGGAUAUUGUAAAUAAUUUCCUCCCGUUGAGUCGACCCUGUAUGAAUGUGUGCUACUGUUUCACCAUAGUCCUGUGCAUGUGAAACUCCAUGUGAAGAAGAUCAUCUGUGAGACUAUUCGAUAUGUGUCUCCCAAUAUGAAUGUACUGUGUGUAAAGUUUGUUUUCUUCACUCAGUCUGUGUUAAGAAUCACUCCAUAUGAAGUAGAAUCAAAAUCAGCCCAUGUAAACUAGAAGCACAGACUUGCAAAGGAGACCAUCUGUGAAACAUUUCCAUUCUUGUCUCCACAGAGAAGGGGACUGGUGGCUGGCUCGCUCUCUGACCACGGGAGAAAGUGGUUACAUCCCCAGCAAUUAUGUGGCUCCGUCCGACUCCAUCCAGGCAGAAGAGUAAAUCCCUCCCUCUCUUCUCUCCCUCUUAUCUAUUUAUCCUUCCCACCUUUUCUUCUCUCUCGUAUUUCAUUUAUUCAAGAAUUGAAAAUGAAACUGAUGGAAUUCAAAGAAAUUCCAACUACAGUAUCUCUCUAUGCACCUUGAAGGCAUACAUACUCUACAAGCUGACAUGCAUAGACACGCGUGAUAAUAACACACACAAACUAACCUGUGUAAUGAUUCCAUUUCUUACCUUUAUCCUACCAGUCAUCUCAGAUUGCCUAUGGCUUCCAGGUAAGGGGCAGUAAUCAGAAUGCAAUACUUAUUUGAUUGGGGCAUGCACAGAAGGCAGUUCUCUCGCUCGCUCGCUCUCUCUCUCACACACCCCCACACUUUUUCCCUCCUCUCAACCUGGUCACUGUGUCCCGUGCUCUCUCCCCUCUCUUCCCUAGGUGGUAUUUUGGGAAGAUCACGCGUCGCGACUCGGAGCGGCUCCUCUUGAGUUUGGACAACAGGAGAGGGACGUUCCUGGUUAGAGAGAGCGAGACCACCAAAGGUGAGUGUCUGAGGCUAGCAUCUCCAGUGGAAACACAUCACAGAUUACACCAAAGCAUCUCCACUGACAAUUAAGACUACAUUGGAAUGCUGGCUGGCCCAUGGGCAUUGUCCUUUUCUGGGGAUGAAGCUGUGUAGCUGUGUAACCAUGAUCUUUUAAAAUAGCUGUUUCGUAAACCUUUUAUGUAGAAAAAGCAAACCUCUGAUUUGUAAAAUAAGAAUUGAGACAUGGAUUGUGUAUGUGUUCCAUUCAGAGGGUGAAUGGGCAAGACAAAACAUUUAAGUGCCUUUGAAUGGGGUAUAGAAGUACGCGCUAAGCGUACCGGUUUAUGUCAAGAACUGCAACGCUGCUGGGUUUUCCCCACUCAACAGUUUCCCGUGUGUAUCAAGAAUGGUCCACCACCCAAAGGACAUCCAGCCAACUUGACACAACUGUAGGAAGUAUUGGCGUCAACAUGGGCCAGCAUCCCUGUGGAAUGCUUUCAACACCUUGUAGAGUCCGUGACCCGACAAAUUGAGGCUGUUCUGAGGGCAAAAGGGGGGUGCAACUCAAUAUUAGGAAGGUGUUCCUAAUGUUUGGUAUACUCAGUUUAUCUACCUCAAUUACCUCAUACCCCUGCACAUCGACUCGGUACGGGUUGUGUAUAUAUUAUCACUUGUAUUAUUACUACUUCUCUAUUAUUUAUCUAUUUUUCUUUCCCUCUGCAUUGUUGGGAUGGGCCCGUAAGUAAGCAUUUCACUGUUAGUCUACGCCUGUUGUUUACGAAGGAUAUGCCAAAUAAAAUCUGAUUUGGGAUUUGAUGUGACACCCCUGGGACGCAGCGGCGUUAGAUGCCUCUGAUCGUCAGCUGCUGCACUACAAUACAGCACAGCCACGGUAAUGUCACACACUCCCCAUGGGCCGAGCUCAGCGGAGAAAGAGAGUGGGUAAAGGGGGGGGGACGCUGCCGGGAACUGAGUGGGAGCAGUGGGGAGGCUUCGGGUGAGGGAGUAAGACAGAAGUAGGUUAUUGUGGAGCCAUGGGCGCAUUCAGCAGGGCACAGCGUAAGGGAACGAGCGUUCAGAUAGAAAUGUGUUAUGUAAACAUGCCUCUAUAUAACAUAUAGAAUAAGGAAUCAUGUCGGCUCUAUUCAUGACAUCUCUAUCUGUAACGUUUGACAACCACAAGAGUAUCACCCAGUUUAAACAGAGAGGGAAGGAAGGGGAAUUGCCCAGGGGUUCUUUGAGGUCACUCAUCAGGCUGGCUCACUGGGCUGGUGCUGCCCUCUGAUGGCAGACUGGGUGUAUUGUUUCGUAUUUGUGGGACCACAAAGGAAAGGAACUUGUGAACACAAAAGGACACUAAUAAAGCAAUUUUUUUCAAACUACUUUUCCUUUGGACCCCAGGAAGACUAGAAGUUGCUAAAGGCAUCAGCUAAUGGAAAUGUGAAUAAAGGAGUAGGCAAUAUUUCCAGCCCAAGGUUAUCUUGCUUUCUUUACUGAUUUCCUCUCUUAUGUACCUCUCCCCAGGUGCCUACUGUCUGUCAGUCCUGGACUAUGACAACACUAAAGGGCUGAAUGUGAAACAUUACAAGAUUAGAAAGAUGGACAGUGGAGGGUUCUACAUCACCUCACGCACUCAGUUUAACAACAUACAUGAGCUGGUCACACACUACCACAGUGAGUCACACACACACACAUUGACAACACUGUGUACAAGUAUAAACAUCUCAACCAAUUCCUUCUAAAAAAAAUACCUCUGAUAAGAGACUCUGUGUGAAGAACAAACAGCAGUAACACUACCAGAAGAUGAUAUUAGAGCUUCCCUCCCUGUCCUCUCAGAGUAUGCAGACGGACUGUGCCACUGUCUGACGGCGGUAUGUCCCGUACUGAAGCCCCAGACCCAGGGCCUGGCCCGCGAUGCCUGGGAGAUCCCCAGGGACUCCCUGUGCCUCGACCUCAAACUGGGACAGGGAUGCUUCGGAGAGGUCUGGAUGGGUAAGACAGUCUCUCUCCACUUACUGUAUACAGUGGGGAGAACAAGUAUUUGAUACACUGCCGAUUUUGCAGGUUUUCCUACUUACAAAGCAUAUAGAGGUCUGUAAUUUUUAACAUAGGUACACUUCAACUGUGAGAGACGGAAUCUAAAACAAAAAUCCAGAAAAUCACAUUGUAUGAUUUUUAAGUAAUUAAUUUGCAUUUUAUUGCAUGACAUAAGUAUUUGAUCACCUACCAACCAGUAAGAAUUUCGGCUCUCACAGACCUGUUAGUUUUUCUUUAAGAAGCCCUCCUGUUCUCCACUCAUUACCUGUAUUAACUGCACCUGUUUGAACUUGUUACCUGUAUAAAAGACACCUGUCCACACACUCAAUCAAACAGACUCCAACCUCUCCACAAUGGCCAAGACCAGAGAGCUGUGUAAGGACAUUAGGGAUAAAAUUGUAGACCUGCACAAGGCUGGGAUGGGCUACAGGACAAUAGGCAAGCAGCUUGGUGAGAAGGCAACAACUGUUGGCGCAAUUAUUAGAAAAUGGAAGAAGUUCAAGAUGACGGUCAAUCACCCUCGGUCUGGGGCUCCAUGCAAGAUCUUACCUCGUGGGGCAUCAAUGAUCAUGAGGAAGGUGAGGGAUCAGCCCAGAACUACACGGCAGGACCUGGUCAAUGACCUGAAGAGAGCUGGGACCACAGUCUCAAAGAAAACCAUUAGUAACACACUACGCCGUCAUGGAUUAAGAUCCUGCAGCGUACGCAAGGUCCCCCUGCUCAAGCCAGCGCAUGUCCAGGCCCAUCUGAAGUUUCCCAAUGACCAUCUGGAUGAUCCAGAGGAGGAAUGGGAGAAGGUCAUGUGGUCUGAUGAGACAAAAUUAGAGCUUUUUGGUCUAAACUCCACUCGCCGUGUUUGGAGGAAGAAGAAGGACGAGUACAACCCCAAGAACACCAUCCCAACCGUGAAGCAUGGAGGUAGAAACAUCAUUCUUUGGGGAUGCUUUUCUGCAAAGGGGACAGGACGACUGCACCGUAUUGAGGGGAGGAUGGAUGGGGCCGUGUAUCGCGAGAUCUUGGCCAACAACCUCCUUCACUCAGUAAGAGCAUUGAAGAUGGGUCGUGGCUGGGUCUUCCAGCAUGACAACGACCCGAAACACACAGCCAGGGCAACUAAGGAGUGGCUCCGUAAGAAGCAUCUCAAGGUCCUGGAGUGGCCUAGCCAGUCUCCAGACCUGAACCCAAUAGAAAAUCUUUGGAGGGAGCUGAAAGUCCAUAUUGCCCAGCGACAGCCCCGAAACCUGAAGGAUCUGGAGAAGGUCUGUAUGGCCAAAAUCCCUGCUGCAGUGUGUGCAAACCUGGUCAAGACCUACAGGAAACGUAUGAUCUCUGUAAUUGCAAACAAAGGUUUCUGUACCAAAUAUUAAGUUCUGCUUUUCUGAUGUAUCAAAUACUUAUGUCAUGCAAUAAAAUGCAAAUUAAUUACUUAAAAAUCAUACAAUGUGAUUUUCUGGAUUUUUGUUUUAGAUUCCGUCUCUCACAGUUGAAGUGUACCUAUGUUAAAAAUUACAGACCUCUAUAUGCUUUGUAAGUAGGAAAACCUGCAAAAUCGGCAGUGUAUCAAAUACUUGUUCUCCCCACUGUAUAUGAAUAGUGUAUAAAUAGUAUUUUUGUUGUCUCUUGGUGUCUUUCCAUAUAUUAUAUACAUACAUACAUACAUACAUACAUACAUACAUACAUGCAUGCAUGCAUGCAUGCAUGCAUGCAUGCAUGCAUACAUACAUACAUACAUACAGUGAGGGGAAAAAAGUAUUUGAUCCCCUGCUGAUUUUGUACGUUUGCCCACUGACAAAGACAUGAUCAGUCUACAAUUUUAAUGGUAGGUUUAUUUGAACAGUGAGAGACAGAAUAACAAAAAAAUCCUGAAGAACGCAUAUCAAAAAUGUUAUACAUUGAUUUGCAUUUUAAUGAGGGAAAUAAGUAUUUGACCCCUCUGCAAAACAUGACUUAGUACUUGGUGGCAAAUCCCUUGUUGGCAAUCACAGAGGUCAGACGUUUCUUGUAGUUGGCCACCAGGUUUGCACACAUCUCAGGAGGGAUUUUGUCCCACUCCUCUUUGCAGAUCUUCUCCAAGUCAUUAAGGUUUUGAGGCUGACGUUUGGCAACUCUAACCUUCAACUCCCUCCACAUCUUUUCUAUGGGAUUAAGGUAUGGAGACUGGCUAGGCCACUCCAGGACCUUAAUGUGCUUCUUCUUGAGCCACUCCUUUGUUGCCUUGGCCGUGUGUUUUGGGUCAUUGACAUGCUGGAAUACCCAUCCACGACCCAUUUUCAAUGCCCUGGCUGAGGGAAGGAGGUUCUCACCCAAGAUUUGACGGUACAUGGCCCCAUCCAUCGUCCCUUUGAUGCGGUGAAGUUGUCCUGUCCCCUUAGCAGUAAAACACCCCCAAAGCAUAAUGUUUCCACCUCCAUGUUUGACGGUGGGGACGGUGUUCUUGGGGUCAUAGGCAGCAUUCCUCCUCCUCCAAACACGGCGAGUUGAGUUGAUGCCAAAGAGCUCAAUUUUGGUCUCAUCUGACCACAACACUUUCACCCAGUUCUCCUCUGAAUAAUUCAGAUGUUCAUUGGCAAACUUCAGACGGGCCUGUAUAUGUGCUUUCUUGAGCAGGGGGACCUUGCGGGCGCUACAGGAUUUCAGUCCUUCACGGCAUAGUGUGUUACCAAUUGUUUUCUUGGUGACUAUGGUCCCAGCUGCCUUGAGAUCAUUGACAAGAUCCUCCCGUGUAGUUCUGGGCUGAUUCCUCACCGUUCUCAUGAUCAUUGCAACUCCACGAGGUGAGAUCUUGCAUGGAGCCCCAGGCCGAGGGAGAUUGACAAUUAUUUUGUGUUUCUUCCAUUUGCGAAUAAUCGCACCAACUGUUGUCACCUUCUCACCAAGCUGCUUGGCGAUGGUCUUGUAGCCAUUCGAGCCUUGUGUAGGUGUACAAUCUUGUCCCUGACAUCCUUGGAGAGCUCUUUGGUCUUCUACUGAAUUAGGUGAUCACCUGAACCAAAUCUUAUUUAACCAGGAAAAGUAUAAAAACCACUGCUGUGGUCAUCACUAUCCUCUUGCAAUAGGACCAGCUGGAUGGCAAAAACAGUGCUAAUAGUACCUCAAAAGUAAUAUUAAUCAAAAAAUAACUAUUGACCAUGCCAAAAGAGUUGAAAAAUAAAGUUUUGUGUGAGGAAAAGAAGGGUUCAAUUCUGGCUUUACUGGCAGAGGGAUACAGUAAGCGUCAGGUUGCUUCCAUCCUUAAAAUUUCAAAGACGGCGGUUCAUAAGAACAAGGUCAAGCAGCAGACAUUGGGGACAACAAAGCUACAGACCGGCAGAGGGCGAAAACGACUCUCUAUUGACCGGGAUGACCGCCAACUCAUUCGAAUGUCACUCAACAACCGUAGGAUGACAUCAAGUGACCUACAAAUAGCUGGGGUGAAGUGCACGGUGAGGACGGUUCGAAACAGGCUCCUAGGGGCAGGGCUGAAGUCGUGCAAAGCUUCAUCAAUGAGAAGCAAAGCAAAGAAAAGCCAGGCUGAGGUUUGCAAAAUACCAUAAGGAUUGGACCGUAGAGGACUGGAGUAAGGUCAUCUUCUCUGAUGAGUCCAAUUUUCAGCUUUGCCCAACACCUAAUGGUUAGACGGAGACCUGGAGAGGCCUACAAGCCACAGUGUCUCGCACCCACUGUGAAAUUUGGUGGAGGAUCGGUGAUGAGCAAGGCUGGAAUCGGGCAGAUUUGUCUUUGUGAAGGACGCAUGAAUCAAGCCACGUACAAGGUUGUCCUGGAAGAAAACGUGCUUCCUUUUGCUCUGACAUUGUUCCCCAACUCUGAGGAUUGGAUUUUCCAGCAGGACAAUGCACCAGUCCACACAGCCAGGUCAAUCAAGGUGUGGAUGGAGGACCACCAGAUCAAGACCCUGUCAUGGCCAGCCCAAUCUCCAGACCUGAAACCCAUUGAAAACUUCUGGAAUGUGAUCAAGAGGAAGAUGGAUGGUCACAAGCCAUCAAACAAAGCCGAGCUGCUUGAAUUUCUGCGCCAGGAGUGGUAUAAAGUCACCCAACAUCAAUGUGAAAGACUGGUGGAGAGCAUGCCAAGACGCAUGAAAGCUGUGAUUGAAAAUCAGGGUUAUUCCACCAAAUAUUGAUUUCUGAACUCUUCCUAAGUUAAAACAUUAGUAUUGUGUUGUUUAAAAAUGAACAUGAACUUAUUUUCUUUGCAUUAUUUGAGGUCUGACAACACUGCAUAUUUUUUGUUAUUUUGACCAGUUGUCAUUUUCUGCAAAUAAAUGCUCUAAAUGACAAUAUUUUUAUUUGGAAUUUGGGAGAAAUGUUGUCAGUAGUUUAUAGAAUAAAACAAAAAUGUUAAUUUCACCCAAACGCAUACCUAUAAAUAGUAAAACCAGAGAAACUUAUAUUUUUGCAGUGGUCUCUUAAUUUUUUUCCAGAACUGUGUGUAUAUACAAAAUUGUCUAUAACUGUUCUUUACUUUGUCAUGUAUUUGUACAUUUUAUGUGGACCCCAGGAAAAGUAGCUGCUGCAUGUGCAGUAGCUAAUGGGAAUCCUAAUAAACAAAACUAGCUCUGCUAUCUUGUGAUUUAAUUAGCAACUUUAGGAAUCAAUUUCAGUGUGAUCCUUCUGAUCUUCAGCCAACUCCCUAAACCAGCUGAUCCUCUCAGACAAAACAAGGAGUAUUGCCAUGUAGAGGAACUAAAGUGUCUAUACAGUGCAUUUGUCAUUGCAUCAACACAUUCCUUGGCAGUUGGCACCUAUUUGACAGUUUUGAAAACAUAAUCUGAUGAUAAUAAUUGUUACUACAACAACAUAACUAGCUGUGUAACCUUUAUGUAGGCACGUGGAACGGUACAACGCGGGUAGCGGUCAAGACCCUGAAGACCGGUACCAUGUCCCCUGAGGCCUUCCUUAUGGAGGCCCAGGUCAUGAAGAAGCUGAGACAUGAAAAGCUGGUCCAGCUCUAUGCCGUGGUGUCUGAAGAACCUAUCUAUAUUGUCACGGAGUACAUGGGACAAGGAAGCUUGUUGGACUUCCUGAAGGGAGACAUGGGCAAGAUGCUGCGCCUUCCUCAGUUGGUUGACAUGGCCUCGCAGGUAAGAGAGUUUAGAGAUGGUCAGUGUAAAUACUGUCUAGUCAUAUUAUGUACCCGGACACACACACACACACACACACACACAGUCUUGUAUAACUAACCUUGUGGGGACACACAAUUCGGUCGCAUUCAAAAUCCUAUUUUCCCUAAGUUUAAAACCUAACCCUAACCCUAAACCUAAACUUAAUUCUAACCCUAACACUGAUUCUAAACUUAACCAUAAACCCCCUAGAAAUAGCAUUUGACCUUGUGGGGACUAACAAAAUGUCCCCAGUUGGUAAAAUGUUUGUUUGUUGACUAUUUCAUAUAUUUAAACACGUCCACACACACACACUGGCUGUUUCAGUCAAACCUAAACAUGCGUCUUCUCUUCAGAUUGCCUCAGGUAUGGCGUAUGUAGAGAGGAUGAACUACGUCCACAGAGACCUCAGGGCUGCCAACAUUCUAGUGGGAGACAACCUGGUGUGUAAAGUGGCUGACUUCGGCCUGGCCCGUCUCAUAGAGGACAACGAGUACACUGCUAGGCAGGGUAAGACUACUAGAGGGCUCUGAUUACCAUCUCCCUUCCUUUUGUCUGUCUCCUCUCUGUUUUAUGUCUCUCUCCUCUCAAUGUUUGGGCUGCCAGACAAAUUGGCCUGCACUGAAGUCACCUCUCUUCAGACAUAAUUGGCAUCAUUUUAUUCUCAGGUUUUCUCACCACAACUUGAAUUACAGAGUCUAGUCAAACGUGUGUCUCUCGUUGCAGGAGCAAAGUUCCCCAUCAAGUGGACGGCUCCUGAAGCUGCACUGUAUGGCCGCUUCACCAUCAAAUCAGACGUCUGGUCGUUUGGGGUCUUACUGACAGAACUGGCCACCAAGGGGAGAGUGCCAUAUCCAGGUAGCUACUGGGAAUCUUCAAAAAUGGGAUGUAGCUCAGUUGAUAGAGCAUGGCGUUUGCAACGCCAGGGUUGUGGGUUCGUUUCCCACAGGGGGUAUGAAAAGAAAAAAAAAAAAAAGAAUAAUAAUAAUGUAUGCACUAACUAACUGUAAGUCGCUCUGGAUAAGAGCGUCUGCUAAAUGACGUAAAUGUAAAUGUUGUGUGAUAGAAUUGCUUACCACUCUGAGCACAUCCCAAAGACGCACACUGCUGGCAAGCAAGAAUACCUAUGUGAAGACACUGUUGGCUGUUAUCCUUUGAAACCAUGAAGGUCAAUGCACUAUCUAUCUCUCCUGUCAUUCGGUCCCUGUAUAUUGAUGUUUGUGUUCUCCCCGUCCCAUUCCUUUCCUCUCUCUAACUCUCUCCCCCAGGCAUGGUGAAUCGGGAGGUGUUGGACCAGGUGGAGCGUGGUUACAGGAUGCCUUGUCCUGCUGAGUGCCCUGAGUCCCUUCAUGACCUCAUGCUCACCUGCUGGAGGAAGGACGCCGAGGAGAGGCCCACCUUUGAGUACCUGCAGGGCUUCCUGGAAGACUACUUUACCUCCACUGAGCCCCAGUACCAGCCCGGGGAGAACCUUUAG